AUGAGCCCCCGACAGAAAUGCGCUGGUUGCACAAACACCCUACCCAAGAGAGAUUAUAUACAAUGUGUGAGUUGUAAAUCUAUGUAUGAUUUGGAUUGCGCCAAUGUAAGUAAAAAACUCUUUGAACUGAUGGAACGGAAGGAUAACUGGAAGUGUCCACUAUGCGUAAGUAAACGACCGAAAACCGGUAAUACCAAUACGCCGAUAAGGACCGCCACAUCCGAGAUUGAAACAGAGCAACAUUCCCAUUUGGCAGCACGGGACAACGAAGGUGACCAAAAUGUAACCAUACGUAACAAAACAUCACGAUCUACAAUCGCCGAAAAAAGGCAAACUGUCUUGACUGUUCAAAAACCUAGUCACAACAGCUUAAUUACUACCGAAGAAAAACAUAACAGCCCAUCAACUGUCACGGAAUGCUCUCGGAGUUCAGUCGACAGCGCAAUUGUGACAGAGUUGAAACUGUAUAUGGGUGAGUUAUUUCAUGCGCAGACGAAUAGCCUACGGGAAAUGAUUACCAAUUUAACCGAAACUAUUAAAGCGCAGGCUAUCCGCAUAGAGAAACUUGAAGCUAAGGUGUUAGAGCUUGAAGAGAGAAAAGGUAUGGAUGUUUUGGAUAACAAGCUAAAACAACUCCAACUUGAAAUUUAUGACCGUGAUCAGACUCUUUUGGCCAACGACAUAGAGAUAACUGGCUGUCCGGAGAUGGGUAACGAAAAUUGCAUUGCAUUAGUGCGGUCUAUCGCGACCAAGAUAGGAAUAAAUAUAGAGGAGAAAGACGUCGUCAGUGCGAGGCGAGUUGGGCCCGCACGACCUCAAGCUGAAAUUAGUCCAUCCACCCGCCCUCGUCCUAUUGCUAUCCGCCUAGUAUGUAAUGCUACAAAAGAUAUAUUGUUGCGUGCUGCUCGUGUUCGACGUACCCUAACUACGGAUGGAUUGCAACUACCCGGACCAGCUAAGGCAAUUUAUAUUAAUGAGCGACUCACGGGUUAUAACCGUAUGCUGUUCCAGAAGGCACGAGCAUUAGCCCAGGUCAACGAAAUAAGUGAAAAAAAGUUGGGGAGACCAUCAGGUGAAAUCCAAGGUGUAAACCCCAAGAUUGACUCGGUGGCGUUUCGUCUGCAUUGCGGUGCGACUACUGCGGCGCUGUUGGCAGCGAGCGCGGCGUUGACGACGCGCCACCUGGUGGGAAACCCCAUAGAUUGUAUACAUACAAGGGAUAUUCCUGAAGACGUGCUGAACACAUACUGCUGGAUUCACUCCACGUUCACUGUGGCGGGCGAGGCGGGGGCGUACCCGGGGGUGAGGGGGGCGGGGAACUCCCCCCGCCGCUACGGCAAGUACUACCAGUGGGUAGCGUUCACACUCUUCUUCCAGGUUAGUGGGUAGCAUGUAAGAAAGUAGAGGCUGUGGUGUAGCGUAUACUUACUAAUAACUAAAUUACACUGGUCGACGGGGUCAGCACGCAGAACGCUAGCGAUCUCAUUCAUUAAUAAAACGAUAACCUUCCAAUGAAAGCGAGCCACAGAAAUCUCCCGCGGAUGUCCUCGACUAGCGGAAGCCCUAAUCUGGACGUAGGAUGAAGUUUCAGUAAUGCGGCCCCUAUUUUUCAGGUUUUGUUUUCAUAAUGUACGAAAACACCUAUUCCACCAUCAUUAGUCUCAUAAUAUUCCCACUGCUAAAUAGGCCUUCACUCUGUAUAGAAUCAUAUAGAGACAAUGUGCCAUAAACGCAAGUCUAGUGCAGAUAGGUGGGUGUUAACCACUCAAGAUGCAGUUGGCAUCAACGGCUUAAUGUAAUCCGAAGCAUGCAGGAACUCAAGAUAAUACAUUUUUCGGCCAGCUAUCCUAUUACCAGCCUUUGCGACCGUUGCUUGCCCUUCUCAUCACAGACCGAACUAUGCAAUGCACAUUACUAUUAUUGCAUAUUACUUCUAUCAUAAAUUAUACCUGCAGCAUACUCAUGGGAGCCAUGUCUUUUGCAUGA